AUGCCUGUUGAUCCCGCUAAGCUCGCAGCUCUCCAGAAGAAGUCCGGUGCCCAGUCCGGUGGAAAGGGUACUCCCCGACGACCCGGCAAGAAGGUUGCUGGCCGAAACAUCUCUGAGGACGAGAAGAAGCUGUCCGCCACCCUCAAGAAGUUCAACGCCCAGGAGAUCACCGGUAUCUCUGAGGUCAACAUGUUCAAGGAGGACGGCACCGUGCUGCACUUCCCCAAGGUCCACGUUGAGGGCUCCGUCGCCUCCAACACCUUUGCUAUCUCUGGUCCUUCCCAGCAGAAGGACAUUGCUGAGCUGAUCCCUGAUAUCCUCCCCCAGAUGGGCCAGGAUGCUCUUCUGCAGCUGCAGCAGGCCGCCGUUCAGUUCUCCAAGCUCCAGGAGCAGGCAAAGAAGACUGCCGGCGGCCCUGACGCCGCCAAGGAGGCCGGUGACGACGAGAUCCCCAACCUCGUUGAGAACUUUGAGGACAACGUCGAAUAG